AUGUCAGUUCUGGGUGCCCCCUGCCAGAAGCAGCAUCUCAACACAAACUUGUGGCAUGGAGCAGAGGAGAUUGAAGUGCCCCUCUCCUCUCCUCCCAAUGAUGAUUCUCCCCCGAGCUCCCCUGCACCUGGCCCAUCCGAAGAGCCCCAGGGAGCCACAGCCACUAGCUCUCUUGAGACAGGUGUCUCAUGCCCAAUAUCUGAUGCCAGUGCCAAGCGCCAAGGUCAGGAAUGUGCCCGUGCCUCCCAGGCAGCACCUUCUGCUCUGCGGGCUCGUAGAGAUCCACUAAGCAGGGUGGUUAGCAAGGUGGUGCAGUUCGUGUUGGAGAAGCUGAGUAAGAAGGAGCCCAUCAUUCAGAACGCACUGCUGAGGAUUGUCAAAAGGAAGUACAAGGAGCAGUUCCCUGAGAUCCUCAGGAGAGUCUUUGAGCGCAUGGAUCUGGUCUUUGGUCUUGACUUCAAGGACGUCAACCCCAGCAACCACACCUAUGCCUUUUUCAACAAGCAGGGCCUCCGGGUUGAGGGAGACCUGAGCAGUGAUGAGGUAGUGCCCAAGACCGGGUUCCUGAUGGUGCUCCUGGGCGUGAUCUUCAUGAAUGGCAACCUCGCCACUGAAGAGGAGAUCUGGAAGUGCCUCAAAGUGUACGGGGUCCACCCUGGGAAGAAGCAUCUCAUCUUCGGAGAGCCCAGGGAAUUCAUCACCAAGGAUCUGGUUCAGCAAAAGUACCUCAAGUGCUGCCAGGUUCCCGACAGUAAUCCUCCAAGCUACCUGUUCCUGUGA